AUGUCAGGAAACAACGACGCAUCCUUGGCCCAGGUCUUCCAAAGGGCAGAGACCCUCUUCCUCGACCUCCAAAAGUCAACUCUCGCCUCAAACUCGGAUGAGUUCCAGACAAGAGUGAAUGAGUCUAUCAAGGGAUUCGAGCGGUCCGCGAGCAUGGUGCGCCAACUCAGCCUGUUUAGCGAAAACGAGUUCAUGGAAGAUAUUAGCACUAAGGAUCUCAGGUUCCUGCUAACUGAGUAUUAUCUGGGAGAGUUGUUCCUAAAGCGCGUCAGUCAGGAUCGUCUCUCUGAUCUGACCAUAUCCAAGGAACAUUUUGAUCACUUUCUCCUUCAAUGCGAGACGCACGACAUUUUGACGGCACAGGACAAGAAAUACAUGGAACAAAUCGCAACAGACGCUCCUCGCGACGCAGCAACACGGCGAGGGGAGAAGAUUGCGCGCUUCAAGCGGGAGAAGGAGAUGAGGAACCAGAUCGAGGAAUUUCACAAGGAACUGGGAACGACAAGUAGUGGAUAUGAAGGCGAACUUAGCUCUGAGAUGGAGGACAAGUACCGAGACUUUGUCCUUCUUCAUCUGCAGUACGCCAUCUUUCAAACCAUGGAGCAGUUAGUUGGAAUUCAACAAGAGAUCCCUAUGCUCAAACAGAUGCAGGAGCGCAAAGCUGCCGAGGGGUCGAAUGACGGCAGGAUCUCAAGUCGGUCAACGGAUGAUGCAAGAGACGUUCGUGUGGAUGACAGCCGCAUCUGGAAUGCUACUGGACCCUUGAUGGAUCCCACGGGCCGACCCCUGCGGCCGUUCGUGAUCACGAACAAGCGGACAGAGAUGAUGAAGGGCGUCUUCCGGCCAGGACACAGUCUGCCAACCAUGACAAUCGAGGAAUAUUUGGACCAAGAGAUAGAGCGGGGCAACUUUUUAUCUGGAGGUACAGAGGAACCAAAGAAGAAGGAGACGGAUGAUAACGAUGAGGAGGCAGUAAAUGCAGAGACCAUCAAGGCGCGGAAUUGGGACGACUUUAAGGACGACAACCCAAAGGGGUGGGGUAACAAAGGUGGUCGUAUUGGAUAA